AUUGGAGCUCUGGGCUCUUCGGCUGCCCACAGCCUCCGGUCGCUCUUGCUGGGUGAUGGGACCCCCGAGUCCAGCUACCACCUGGGGUGGAGCCCUCUGGGCCCUCCUCCUGGCCACACUUGGCUGCUCGGCCGGCCAGCCGCUGGGGGGAGAGUCCAUGUGCACAGCCCAGCCCCCGGCCAAGUACAGCAUCACCUUCACGGGCAAGUGGAGCCAGGCAUCCUUCCCCAAGCAGUACCCGAUGUUCCGCCCACCCGCGCAGUGGUCAUCCCUGCUGGGGGCAGCGCACAGCCCCGACUACAGCCUGUGGAGGAAGGGCCAGUAUGUGAGCAAUGGGCUGAGGGACUUCGCGGAGCGCGGCGAGGCCUGGGCACUGAUGCGGGAGAUGGAAGCUGCCGGGGAGAAGCUGCAGAGCGUGCACAGCGUGUUCUCGGCCCCAGCCGUGCCCAGCGGCACCGGGCAGACGUCCGCGGAGUUUGAGGCCCACUCCAGGCACUCGCUCGUGUCCUUCGUGGUCCGCAUCGUCCCCAGCCCCGACUGGUUCGUGGGCGUCGACAGCCUGGACCUCUGUGACGGGGGCCGCUGGAGGGAGCAGGUGGCGGUGGACCUCCACCCUUACGAUGCGGGGACCAACAGCGGCUUCACCUUCUCAUCCCCCAAGUUCGCGACCGUCCCGCAGGACACGGUGACCGAGAUCACGGCCUCCUCUCCCAGCCACCCCGCGAACUCCUUCUACUACCCGCGGCUUAAGUCCUUGCCUCCCAUCGCUACGGUGACCCUGGCGCGGCUCGCGAACAGCCUCAGGGACUUCCCGCCCGCCCCCGGCCUGGGGGGCGGGGGCAACGAGGUCGCCGACAGCCUGCCAGCUCCGGAGACGCCGCUGGACUGCGAGGUGUCGCUGUGGUCGUCCUGGGGGCUGUGCGCAGGCCCGUGCGGGCGGCCCGGGGCCAAGAGCAGGACGCGCUACGUCCAUGCGCGGCCCGCCAACCACGGGGAGCCCUGCCCGACGCUGGAGGAGGAGGCCCCCUGCGUCCCCGACAACUGCGUCUGACGCCAGGGCCUCCGAGUCCCCUGAGCCCGGCCGCCGGCGACCUCCGCGCAGAGACUGGCCCCGGCCCUGCGGCCGCGCUGCACGAGAGCCACACCCCGCCCGUGAAGUACCUCAGACCUGGUCGCCAGGCAGCCGCCCGGGGCCGCUGGGUCACCGGCGCGAGACCAACACCUGCCUCGUCGCGUUCC